AUGGCUGAGAAUGAUACUGCCAGCGCCAACAAGGCUUAUUUCAAUAAGCUAGCAGCCGAGUACGACGCGAAGUACGAAAAGACUAUUCUGCAGCUUGAGAAGGAGAUUCGCAAGCGCAAGGACUUUAUCGGUGCCGAUUGGGUCGUUGAUGAUGACGACGACGACGAUGACGAGGACGAGGACAAUGAGAGCGAGACUGCAGCGCAGGCGGCGGCGGCGAGUGGCCGGUCCGUGAGACUUCUUGAUUACGCUUGUGGAACGGGUUUGAUAUCAAGGGCCCUCGCGCAGUUCACAACGCAUUGCGUCGGCAUAGACAUUUCGGAAAACAUGGUGGCAGCGUACAACGCCCGGGCCGAGAACCAGGGCCUCACCACCGACGAAAUGCACGCCUAUCAAGGCAACCUCACGGACCCGUCCGAUCCAUCCCCCGCGGCGUUCGCAUCCGACGGCGGCAACGACGGCGGUCGCUUCCGCGACUUUGACGUCGCCGGCGUCGGUCUCGGGUUCCACCACUUUGAGGACCCGGAUCUCUCGGCCCGCCGGCUGGUGGAGAGGUUGAGGCCGGGCGGGGUAUUCAUCAUCCUCGAUUUUCUGCCGCACGAGAAGAUGGACCAUGCGUUGCCUGCUGCGCAUACCGUUAUGCAUCACGGGUUUUCGGAGGAGAGGAUGAGGAGUAUUUUUGAGCAGGCUGGUGCUGGUGGGGAUUUUAGGAUGGAGGAGCUUGGGAGUGGUGUUGUUUUUGGGGGGCACGGGCAUGGGCAUGGACAUGAUCAUGGACAUGGACAUAGCCAUCGGGAGGGAAAGGAACAUGAUCACGGCCAUGGUUCGGGGCAGGGGAUGAAGAGGCGGGUGUUCCUGGCGCGGGGGACCAAGGUUUAG